AUUACUAAAAUUAUCCAUAAAACGAAGCGGGUAAUCGAGACCCGACUGUCAAUUUUCAAGCUAAAACCGCCAUUGAUUUCCCCACUUCUUCUCAUUAGCAGGCAGCGCAGGGUUUAACACUACCGCGCUUCAACAAACUGUCACCAACACAUAAACCCUAACCCUAAUUUCUCUUCUAAAACCCCAUUUCUUCAACUAAUUCCGUCCACAUAUUAUGCUCUAAUUUUUCUCAUUCCAUACAGUACAUCAUGACCAAAGUGCACGGCACCGGCGCGUACGAUUUCAAGCGCCACAGAGUAGCUGAGUACCCGGUCGAGUUACAAUCUCAGCCUGGCGACAGCAAACCGGCGGAUGCCAAGUCCGGUUCAGCUCUUCCUAACUCAAUAACCCUAUCGGAGAUUCAACGCGACCACUUAACUAAAAUUGCAGCGGCCAAUUGGCUGAAGACAAGUGGCAGUGAUGACAAGAGUAAGAGCGAAGAGUUUGAUCCGGAGUUAGUUAAGAAGAUAUAUGAAAAGGAAUUGAAAGUUAAAGAGGGAAGAAAACCAGUGCCGUUGCAGAGAGUUAUGAUUUUGGAAGUUAGUCAGUAUUUGGAGAAUUAUCUAUGGCCGAAUUUCGACCCCGAAACGGCGACGUUUGAGCAUGUUAUGUCCAUGAUUCUCAUGGUGAAUGAAAAGUUUCGAGAGAAUGUUGCGGCUUGGAUGUGCUUUUAUGAUAAGAAAGAUGUGUUUAAAGGAUUUUUGGAGAGGGUCAUUAAACUCAAAGAGGGGAUUGAUUUAAAUAUAGCAGAAAAGACAAAUUACUUAGUUUUUAUGAUUAAUGCCUUUCAGAGUUUGGAAGAUGAAAUUGUAAGUGAGACAGUUCUGAAAUUAGGAGGUUUACAGUCAUGGCACAGUUUGUCAUAUGGCCGUUUUCAGAUGGAGCUUUGUCUUAAUCCGGAUUUGAUAAAGAAAUGGAAAAGGAUGAUCAAAAGGGAGACUAAGGAAGCAAUGAAACGAGGAGAAUCUUUUGAUCCUUCAACUUCUCUUGGAGUGAAGUUCUUGAGAAAUUUUGUAGAAGAAUUUCUUGAUGUGCUUGAUUUCCUGGUUUUUCCUCAGAAAGAUUCUGUUAGUGAGGAUUAUAGACUAGAUGUUAGUUUUCAGGACGCUGAUGAUGCUGCGAUCCUGUACUGUGAAAGAUUUAUGGAGUUUCUUAUUGAUUUAUUGAGCCAACUGCCAACAAGGAGGUACCUUAGGCCUCUUGUGGCUGAUGUAGCUGUUGUUGCAAAAUGCCACUUAAGUGCUCUUUAUAGACAUGAAAAAGGGAAACUUUUUGCACAGCUGGUUGACUUACUGCAGUUCUAUGAAAGAUUUGAGAUUAAUGAUCAUGUUGGGACACAAUUGACUGAUGAUGAGGUGCUCCUGAAUCAUUAUGACCGUUUUCAAGCUUUUCAACUUCUUACCUUUAAGAAGAUUCCUAAGCUACGAGAACUUGCAUUGUCUAAUAUUGGUGCAAUUCACAAGCGAGCUGAUCUGUCCAAGAAACUAUCUUUGUUAUCUCCAGAAGAGUUGAAGGAUUUGGUUUGUUGUAAGCUCAAACUGGUUUCUGCUGAAGAUCCUUGGUCUGAAAGAGUUGAUUUUCUUAUUGAAGUCAUGGUCUCCUUUUUUGAAAAGCAGCAGUCUCAAAAGGAAUCUAUCAAUGCUCUACCACUUUACCCAAAUGAGCAGAUCAUGUGGGAUGAAAGCCUUGUACCAAGCAUUAACUAUUCAGGAGAAGGUUGUCUGGCACUUCCAAAACUCAAUCUGCAAUUUUUAACACUCCACGAUUAUCUUCUAAGAAAUUUCAAUCUCUUCCGACUGGAAUCAACAUAUGAGAUACGUGAGGAUAUUCAGGAAGCUGUUCCGCAUCUUCUUGCUUACAUUAAUAAUGAAGGGGACACUGCAUUUCGCGGUUGGUCAAGAAUGGGUGUGCCAAUAAAAGAAUUUAAAAUCACUCAGGUCAAACAAGCAAAUAUUGGUGAAGUCAAACCAUCGUCUGUUACAGCAGAAGUUACUUUUAGCAUGUCGAGCUAUAAAGCACAAAUAAGAUCCGAGUGGAAUGCCCUUAAGGAGCAUGAUGUUUUGUUUCUACUUUCAGUUCGCCCUUCAUUUGAGCCUCUUAGUUCUGAGGAAGCAGGAAAGGCUACUGUACCUCAAAGGCUUGGUCUUCAGUAUGUACGGGGAUGUGAAAUUAUCGAGAUACGCGAUGAGGAAGGAACUCUCAUGAAUGAUUUCACUGGAAGAAUUAAACGGGAUGAGUGGAAGCCACCGAAAGGAGAUCUAAGAACUGUGACUGUUGCUUUAGAUACAGCACAGUACCAUAUGGAUGUAACUGAUAUAGCAGAGAAAGGCGCAGAAGAUGUUUAUGGGGCAUUUAACGUGUUGAUGAGGAGGAAACCAAAGGAAAAUAACUUCAAAGCAAUUUUAGAAUCUAUAAGGGAUCUUAUGAAUGAAUACUGUAUUGUUCCUGACUGGCUUCACAACAUAUUCUUGGGCUAUGGGAAUCCUUCUGCAGCACAAUGGAUCAAUAUGCCCGAUCUCCUUGAAACAGUAGAUUUCAAGGAUACCUUCCUCGAUGCUGACCAUUUGAAGGAAAGUUUUCCAGAUUUCCAGGUGUGCUUUGUAAACUCAGAUGGUACUGAAAGCUUACAUCCAAGACCUCCUUUUCGCACUAAACUUCCUAGGACUCUGAAAAGUAAUGCCCAUGCACUUCCAGGGAAUAAAAAAGUAGCUACUGAUAUACCAAAUGAUGUCAGCAUGGAGGAUUCUGGCAGUGAGAAAGACAAACUUAUUGUUGAGGCAUACAUUCCUCCUGAUCCUGGUCCAUAUCCCCAAGACCAGCCAAAACAGAACUCGGUCAAAUUUACACCUACUCAGAUUGGAGCAAUCAUAUCUGGUACGCAGCCAGGACUUACCAUGGUUGUUGGACCGCCUGGUACAGGAAAGACUGAUACGGCUGUGCAAAUUCUGAAUGUUCUCUACCAAAAUUGCCCAUCACAGAGAACAUUAAUUAUCACUCACUCAAAUCAGGCUUUAAAUGAUCUAUUUGAGAAGAUAAUGCAGAGAGAUGUGCCUGCACGCUAUCUUCUCCGGCUGGGUCAAGGUGAACAAGAACUAGCAACUGAUCUCGACUUCAGCAGGCAAGGCCGUGUUAAUGCCAUGCUUGUUCGGCGGUUAGAAUUACUUGGUGAAGUGGAGAGGCUUGCAAGAUCUCUGCAACUUCCUGAGGAUGUAGGUUAUACCUGUGAAACUGCCGGAUACUUUUGGUUGCUUCAUGUAUACUCACGCUGGGAACAAUUCCUUGCCGCUUGUGCGGAUAAUGAAGAUAAACCAACCUUUGUUCAGGACCGCUUCCCCUUUAAAGAGUUCUUUUCGAACACACCUAAACCAGUUUUUACUGGUCAGUCAUUUGAAAAAGACAUGCGGGCGGCAAAGGGGUGCUUUCGUCACCUAAGGACUAUGUUUCAAGAACUAGAAGAGUGUAGGGCAUUUGAGUUGCUCAAAUCAACAGCUGAUCGAGCAAAUUAUCUUAUGACCAAGCAAGCAAAAAUUGUAGCAAUGACUUGCACGCAUGCAGCAUUGAAAAGGAAAGACUUUCUUCAGUUAGGCUUCAAGUAUGACAACUUAUUGAUGGAAGAAAGUGCCCAAAUUUUGGAGAUUGAAACGUUUAUUCCAAUGUUGCUGCAAAGACAGGAAGAUGGCUAUGCGCGAUUAAAACGCUGUAUACUGAUUGGUGAUCAUCACCAGUUACCUCCUGUGGUGAAGAAUAUGGCCUUUCAGAAAUACAGCCAUAUGGAUCAAAGCUUGUUUACCAGGUUUGUUCGUCUGGGUAUUCCUUACAUUGAGCUCAACGCCCAAGGUCGAGCUAGGCCAAGCAUAGCCAAACUUUAUAAUUGGAGGUAUCGAGAUUUGGGAGACCUUCCUUUUGUGAAGGAUGCUGCCAUCUUUCAUAGAGCAAAUGCUGGAUUCUCAUAUGAAUAUCAAUUAGUGGAUGUGCCUGAUUACCAUGGAAGAGGCGAGUCUGCCCCAUCUCCUUGGUUUUACCAGAAUGAGGGAGAGGCUGAAUAUAUCGUCAGUGUCUACAUUUAUAUGCGGUUAUUAGGAUAUCCUGCAAACAAGAUAUCCAUCCUAACAACUUACAAUGGCCAAAAACUUCUUAUUCGUGAUGUUAUUAACAGACGAUGUGUUCCAUAUGACUUCAUUGGUCCACCUAAUAAGGUUGCAACAGUCGAUAAGUUUCAAGGUCAGCAGAAUGAUUUUAUAUUGCUCUCAUUUGUACGUACUCGUUUUGUGGGUCACAUACGUGAUGUGAGAAGAUUGGUAGUUGCCAUGUCUCGUGCUCGACUGGGGCUUUACGUGUUCUGCCGCCGCUCUCUCUUUGAACAAUGCUAUGAAUUGCAACCUACAUUUCAACUGUUGCUUCAGAGACCUGACCGCCUUGCGUUGAAUUUGAAUGAGGUUACUCCAUACACAGAACGUCAUGUGGAAGAUGUUGGUCAACCUUAUCUUGUUAGCAGUAUCGAGGAGGUGGACCAUAUUGUGACUGAUAGAAUGAAUCGAAUUUAUCAGUCAAGGUUGAAUUAUCAGUUUGAGCAGCAUAUGCCUUAUUCAUCCGAUGUGGGUGUACCGGCAAAUGGUGCAGUACAUGGUAUACUGCCUGAGUCGGAGGAAACUAAAGAGACAGGUGGCAUAAAAAGUGACCAGAAUGGGGAUUUGCCUAGUCGGGUAAAUGGAGAACAGGACGUUGAAAUGUCCCCAAAUGAUGAAAACGAGAAGCCAACAGAAAGUGCAAAUGAGGAAUCACGGAUGGAGGAAUAGUAUAAUGCGCUGGUCUUGUUCAUAGCAACAGUAAUGGCAAGCAUGUUCCAGCUCACGUAGCAGAGAAUAGCACAAGGGGACGAACGAGGAAGAACUAGCUUCACCUCUGGCAUGUUAUGGUAAGAGAGGUAUGCGAGCAGCGGCAAAUGUUUCAGAUGUAUAGUUCUGAAGAUGAUAUUAAUUCGGAGAAAAAACAGUUUAGAAAGAACAAGAUAAAAAGGAGACAGUGACAAGUUGUAUCAGAUGGUGUAACUAUAUUCCAAAAUUUGACAAAUGGUGGAAAUUUUGUCUUGUAACUGUAGUUUAAUGCAUCAUUGAUAAUUCUGUUUAA